AUGUCGGAAGGAGGCCUAAUAGGGAUUCUUCUGGGAUACCCAGAGCUUAUCCUCUUUAUGGAAUAUCCAAUUGAGGAUGUGUACCAGGAUGGAAGAGAUCCAGAUUUGCACGUACAUUGUAAGGAUGACAAUACAACUAACAACACAUGUUUUCUACAGGAGAAUGAAACAUCUACUUUGGUGGUAACACUGUUUUUCAUGUUUAUGGACAAUUUACACACCAUUCAGCAACUACUCUUUCGCUGGAAGGCUACGGAAAAACAGAUGGAUCAGAGAUCUGUUUCGCUGGAAUGGAUUGUGCUUGAUCGAGGUUCUCUGAAUGUUACCACAGAUACUCCUGGAAUUUACCUGCUUGCUGUUUCUUUAAUAAGUCCUCUUCAUAACAAUUCAUUCAUUCUUUCCAUUCACAAACAAGUCAAGGUCGUUGGUUCCAUUGAUAAUGUCACAGCUUUCUUUACAUCUGGAAAUAACUAUGCCACUUUAUCUAUGAAUGCAGAUGGGUCCUAUUCCACACAAACACUUGAGUUUAGGGUAUUAACUAUGGUUGAAGCCAACUUCUUGAUUGAUUUUGGUGAUGGAACAACAGAUAUUUUUUUACUUGGCAGUCGGCAGCUAAAUGGUUAUGGUGCAUCGGCUUUCCACAAAUACUAUGCAGCUGGUGAAUAUCACGCUAAAGUGACAGCUUUCAAUGAGUUGUUUAAUGCAACGGAAGUCUUUGACCCUUUCUAUGUACAAGUAACUCCUACUGGUCUGUCUCUGAUGAUGAACACUAGCAUUGUCCACAAAGAUGAUUAUGUUCUAUUCAGUGCAACUCUCAGAACUGGUAGCAAUGUGACAUACACAUGGAACAUAAGUGGUGAAUAUACCAGCCAAGAGCCUACAAUUAUUUACAGAUUUUCAACUGUAGCCUAUUACAACAUUACUGUCAUUGCUUGGAAUAAACUUGGAAGGCAAGAAGCCUGGAAGAUUGUGAAUGUUUUACCAAAAGUGAAACCGCUUUACAUUUUAACAAAUGGAACUGUGUUUUCUACGGAGACGGAUAUUAAUUUUACUGCAGUGACAGAAGAGUUUGUGCGUUGGGAAUUUAAAUGGCAGUUUGGAGACGGGACAUCUAGGGGAAUAACAAGAAAAAGUAUAAUAAAAAGAUACAAUCUACCAAACACAUAUAGUGUUAUAGUUACUGCUUCAAACAAAUUCAAUUCUUUUACUUCUGAUGUGCACACAAUAUUUGUGCAGAGAAAGGUUAUUCCUAAUCGUCUUGUUGCAAGUCCUUCGGUAGUGAUAAAUUCAAAUGUCAGUUUUUACUGUAGAAUAAAUUCUGGAACGAAUGUUAGUUAUUUUUGGAAUUUUGGAGAUGGAACCAAAAGACUUGGCAAGUACAAUGACACACAUGUCUAUAAAAGAGAAGGGGAAUACACAGUGAAUGUUUCCAUCUUCAACAACGUCAGUUCUGCAUUUUUGACCAAGCAAAUCUUUGUUGUUAAAAAGCCCUGUCAGCCUCCCCCUGUGAAAAAUAUGGGACCCCUUAAAUUGCAGAUUCGGAGAUAUGAAGACCUAUACCUUGGAGUCACAUUUGAGGCUACAGUAAUAUGCAAUAUCUCUCAAGGACUUAAGUAUCAUUGGUCUUUCAUUAAAACUGAUGUGACUUAUAUUUUUUUACCAGCUCGUGUUGAGAAUAGCAAACAAACAAUUACAUUGCCAGCAUUUUCCCUUGAUUAUGGAAAUUAUACAGCUCUAGCUCGAGUUCAAAUAAUUGGAACUGUGGUCUACAGUAAUUACACUGUGGCAGUUGAAGUUAAACCUACUGCUCCAGUGAGUGUGAUUGCAAAUGGUCAUCACCAUUACAUAGAUAAAAACACUGUGAAACAUUUCAUACUGGAUGGAAUGGCAUCGUUUGACCCAGAUAAUCCUGGUUCUCAUUUAAGGUAAACCAUUACAAAAAACAUCCAACUG